AUGUCUGCGUCUCCGCCGUUGCUCAGCCUGCCCAACGAGCUGCUAGAUAGGAUCUACAGCUACCUGGACUGGGAUCGCACGUCCCUCCUUGUCCCAUAUAGUCCAGACAUCCUGAACGUCAGUCUUGUGAACAAGCAUCUCCGUGCCUCUAUCCUACCACGUCUUUUCCGAAGCAUGGCAUUGUGUCUUCGCUGGGCAGACGGCAUGUUACUGGAGCCGGAGCUUUACCGGCUGAGAAGGGAUCGACCGGAUCUGGCCAGGCACAUACGAUGUGUCUUCAUCACUACGAAAUUAGGCUACCAACCUGGACAGAAGAGGAAAGAGGUCUCGCCAGCAUUCGAAGCGCCGCGAGAGAGAGAGGACUGGCUUAGUCUUGGAGGAGACGAUGCCAAGACCUCGAAGCACUUUAUUGAGCUUACAAAAGCACACAGGGACAGAGUCGAUGCAGAAGUCCACAUCUUGGAAGAAAAGCUGGAUACCCAUCAGCCGAGCAUGACUGACUUCGAACUAUUUAAUGGACCUGCAGCUAGUAGUAGCCAGCGACCUAUCACUGCAGCUGGUUGUCAACCAGACACAACAGAAUCACGAAUGAGAAAUGUCCUCGACAGAAGCAGAACGCUGGUCGCCACACAGGCUCCUGCUUUGGCGAAGAGGAUGCCAUUUAAUAGAGCAACAAGCAACGAAUCUGACCGCAAUGUCGAGGAAGUCUGGUCCACAACCUUGCUCGGCUCCAAUCCUGGCCCAUCCAACGACUUCACCUACUACCGCGAUGUCUACGCCCUCGCCAACCCUUCUCAACGCUCUGAUCAACGCCUGAAGCUGAAAGUCGAUGCACUCGCAGCAUUGAUGCUAUGCCUUCCGCCAACCCUGAAAGACCUCAUCUUCGAAGCAGGCGUCCAUGGCCUAGAGGACAAAAGCUGGUACCACUUCGCCCUCAUGCUCAUGAACAGCACCCUCACAAUCUUCGGCCCUCGCCUCGAAAGUGUGACAAUGGCUACAGGAACGGGGUCCCGCCGAGUACGCCUCCAAAGCGAUCAUAAUUUCGAGGCCGAUGUCGUUGAAAUCUCGAGUGUUGCUGUAGGAGCCUUGACUGCGCUCAGAAGGCUGGUGAUAGGCUCUACAUCUGAUAGGCCGGAGAACUUCAACGUACACCAAUUGCAUAUGACAUCCGACCAUUUCAAACCAUGGGGCCACCCAACUAUCGUCGCGAACUUGACACACCUAGAGUUUUCGCACAUGAGUUUCAUCGACACCGACUUGACAAAAGUCGUCAAAUUCGCCGCCACCUUCACGCAGCUCAAAUCCCUGAGAUUGAAACAUAUAGGCUAUGCUACGCGAGGAGCGCCCUCGAGGAUCUUUCCGCAACCAGGACAGCAGCACGUCCUCGCUGAGCCAAUUUUCCUCCAAUUCUGUAUCGAUCUCCGUCGCUCUUUGCCAACUGCGGCUGAGAUACAAAUGGACGAUAUCCACGUCAGCAUUCGCAGUCAACACAGCAAGCUCUGGGACUCGGCAUUGCGCUGGAUCAUGGAUGAAGCGGUGCCGUUUGGUGCUAAGAUCGAUCUGCAACGAGAGGAACGGCUGCUGGAGGACUUUGAGAGUUUCCUGUGUUUGUGGGAAGCGGAGGAUAGUGAACGGGGGAGACUUGCAGAGGUGGCGAGAGAGAGUGGCGAUUUGGUUGAUACGGCGAUGUGUAAUCGAUCGAGACAAUUUGAGAAUGUGAGGAGGGAUAACGGGGAGUGGACUACGAUGUGA